AUGGGGCCCACAAUUAAACUUCUCAUUUUCCUCAACUUGUUAACUUACGCCAUCUGCGAGAUCCCUUGCCCGGCAAAAUGUCAAUGCCUCGGGAACGCGGUCCGCUGCCUCCAUCAAGACCUCCAGGCAAUUCCCAAAACUCCGACGGACGCUCACACGCUAGACGUCCGCUUCAACAAGAUCUUCGACAUAGCGCCAGGAGUGUUCUCUCACCUGCACCAUCUACGCUCCUUGCUACUCAACGACAAUCAGCUCACGGAGUUGCGUUCCGGCGCAUUUCAUGGCCUCCGGCGCCUUAAAUACCUUUACUUAUAUCGUAAUCGUAUCCAGCACAUCGACUCCGAUGUUUUCCAGGGUAUGGUACACCUCGAACAGCUUUAUUUACACGUCAACGAAAUACACCAAAUCGAACCUGAAACCUUCUCACACCUGCCACGACUUGAAAGAUUGUAUUUGCACAACAAUCACUUGAAGAGAAUCCCGCCUGGCUCAUUCCGUGGCUUGUCUACUUUACGCAAGUUGCGUUUAGACAGCAAUGCUCUAGUUUGCGAUUGUUCGAUGCUCUGGUUUGUCCGCAUGCUAUCAGAACACCGUGCCAUGGAGAUUGCCGCGACUUGCUAUGAGCCUGCUAGUGCCACCGGCGCCUCUUUAGCCUCUAUGAAGGAGCAAGAUUUCAACUGUCAACGCCCGGAAAUCAUGAAAGACCCUCAAGACGUAGUGGUGAACUUCGGCGAUGAUGCCAUGUUUACGUGUGUCGUAUCUGGAGAGCCGACACCUGAAAUUGAGUGGUUGCGAGAUUCUUCUACCGUGCCGCUUAAUACACAUCGCUAUGAAAUAAUGGAUAACGGUACGCUUAUGGUGCAUGCCGCUGAUGAGAACGACGUAGGAAUAUUUGAAUGUAGAGCCAAAAAUCCUGCAGGAGAAGCAAUGUCCAAACCAGCAAAAAUGAUGGUACAUAGCAAACCGGACCAAAACGGUUAUCCUGUAUUUAAUAUUCUACCUCGCGAUAGAAUUGCUAGACUGAACGAAAAUGUCCGAUUUGAUUGUGUUGCUAAGGGAAAUCCUGCACCUCACAUAGUAUGGUAUUUCAACCAGGCAAGAAUGUUGCUGACAGACCGCAUAACCAUGCAUCAUAACGGCUCAAUCGUAAUUGAAAAAAUACAACAUACGGAUGCUGGAAAGUAUACUUGUCAUGCUGAAAAUGUAAAGGGAAAAAUUACAGCUGAAGCGGUUCUGGAAGUUAUGGUGGCUCCCGCCUUUAUCACUGUUCCAAAAGAUCAAGUUGUAACUGUAGGAGAAACUGCUGAAUUUAGAUGCACAGCAAGAGGAGCACCAAAACCGGUAAUUACCUGGUAUAGAGACACAAUGGUAUUGCCAUCAAGCGAAAACAUAAUUUAUUCCGAUAACAAUCAAAAUUUAACAAUACUCCAAGUAACGACCGAUGAUGAUGGACUAUAUCAUUGUAGAGCAGAAAACUCUGAAGGGCUAACCGAAAUAUCUGCAAUUCUUAAAGUAGAAGAAGCGCAAAUCAUACCACCUAAGAUCAUUUUAAAACCGGAAGAUACUGAUGCAUUUAAGGAGACUUCUGUUCAAAUGCCUUGUGAAGUGGAAGGAGAACCACCAGCGACAAUAGAAUGGAGAAAAGACGGAUCGCGAAUAGAGCCUAAUGAUAGAAUUUCUAUUUCGGUAAUCGGAAGCUUAAUUAUCAACAAUAUUACAAUUACUGAUUCUGGUCGCUAUGAAUGCUCAGCUUUUAACGAAUAUGGCCGAGAUACUGUCUCGGUAUUUUUAACAGUUAAGGAUCACAUUCUACCCGGUGACGAAUACGUCAAUAUAGCUUUGACGGAAGCGACACGAGAUGUUGAUCAAGCUAUAGCUAGAACUAUGGAACAGUUAUUUAAAAACAAAAGCUCCAAAGCGGACCUGCAUGAUCUAUAUAGAAUCACACGAUUUCCUAACGCUCCCGCAAGAGAGGUUGCUCGCGCUGCAGAAAUAUAUGAAAGAACUUUGGAGAAAGUUAGAGAUUUCAUACAGUCAGGUUUAAAGGUUACUUCCGCUGAACCGUUUAAUUAUGAACAAGUAAUUUCGAGACAACAUUUAGAAGUGAUUGCUCGGCUAUCUGGUUGCGUCGCACACAGGGAGGAGAAAGACUGUUCAGAUAUGUGCUUCCAUAUGAAAUAUCGAAGUGUAGAUGGCAGCUGUAACAAUUUCGCUCAUCCUACUUGGGGCACUUCUUUAAGCGCCUUUCGCAGAAUACUUUUUCCCAUAUACGAAAAUGGAUUUAGUCAACCAGUCGGUUGGAAUAAAAACAUCAAAUAUAACGGAUAUAAUUUGCCGAGUGCACGGCUCAUAUCGACUGCUAUAAUUUCCACUAAAGAAAUAUCAGAGGAUAUCGAAAUAAGUCAUAUGGUUAUGCAGUGGGGGCAAUGGUUAGAUCAUGAUUUAGAUCACGCGCUUCCAUCGGUAAGCUCACAAACCUGGGAUGGUGUAGAUUGUAAGAAGACUUGCGAUUAUGCUGCACCAUGUUUUCCCAUUGAUGUACCAGAAGGCGAUCCACGUAUUAGUAACCGUCGUUGCAUUGAUUUCAUUAGGACAAGUUCAGUUUGUGGUUCGGGAAUGACUUCCGUAUUGUUUGGAAAGUUGCAACCCAGAGAACAAAUCAACCAACUAACUUCCUUUAUUGAUGCUUCUCAAGUAUAUGGCUUUGAGAAAGCUGUAGCCGAAGAUUUACGAGACUUAACUAAUGAAAAUGGAUUAUUGCGUGUAGGGGCUACUUUCCCAGGACGAAAACCAUUGUUGCCUACAAUUGGUAUAAAUGGCAUGGACUGCAGACGUAAUUUGGAAGAAAGUAAUCGCAACUGCUUUGUAGCAGGUGAUAUUAGGGCUAAUGAACAAAUCGGACUGGCAGCAAUGCAUACAAUUUUUAUGCGAGAACACAAUCGGAUUGCUACUAAGCUGAAAGCUAUUAAUCCAUUCUGGGAUGGCGACAGAGUUUAUCAGGAAGCUCGCAAGAUUGUAGGUGCCGAAAUACAAUUCAUUACUUAUGAACACUGGCUACCGUUGGUUCUUGGCCCCGAGGGUGUUCAACAACUGGGCGAAUACAAAGGAUAUAACUCCAAAAUUAAUCCAUCUAUUUCUAAUGUCUUCGCCACUGCAGCUCUAAGAUUCGGUCAUUCCAUGAUCAAUCCCGUUCUCCAUCGCUACGACGAAAACUUUGAGCCAAUACCUCAAGGCCAUUUACUAUUGCGUUACGCAUUUUUCUCUCCAUGGAGGCUUGUCGACGAAGGUGGAGUAGAUCCUUUGCUGAGAGGUAUGUUCACGACACCUGCAAAACUAAAGACUCCUACGCAAAAUCUUAAUUCUGAACUUACUGAGCAGUUGUUCCAUACUGCACAUGCUGUAGCUCUCGACUUGGCUGCAAUUAAUAUCCAAAGAGGCCGUGAUCACGGUUUACCUCCGUAUACUAAAUGGCGAGACUUUUGCAAUAUGACCGAAGUGAACACUUUUGACGAAUUGGCAACUGAAAUAUCAGAUAAAAAUGUCAGAGAUAAGCUCGAGGAACUUUAUGGAUCCGUUCAUAAUAUUGACGUAUGGGUAGGAGGUAUAUUAGAAGAUCAAGUAGAGGGAGGAAAAGUUGGACCCUUGUUCAGAUGCAUUUUGAUCGAGCAGUUCCGGCGCUUAAGAGAUGGGGAUCGUUUUUGGUAUGAAAACCCUACAAACUUUAAACCACAACAAUUGCAACAAAUCAAGGAAACGAGCUUGGCUAGAAUUCUGUGCGAUAAUGGAGACAAUAUUGAUACUAUUGGUGAAAACGUUUUCUUGUUACCAGAAGUUCAGGAUGGGCUAAUUUCAUGCGAUGAUUUGCCAUCAAUGGAUUUACGUUAUUGGGCAGAUUGCGAUAGUUGCGGUGAAGAUGACGAUGGUGAAAAGCAUCGAUCCCGCAGAGAUGUUUCAUCGGUAAACGACAUUUACAGUUCCUUUGCUGAUUAUGAAGAACGUAUGAAUCACCUCGAAAGUUCUCAUGAUGAAUUGGAAAAAAUUGUAAAAGCAAUGAAAAUACGUAUAAAAUAUUUAGAAGAUACUUGCAGCGCUUUCUAA